GACACUUUGCCGUUCUCAUCGGGUGAAGACAUGAACAUUACUGAAGAGGGGCCAGAGCCACAGCCGCUUUACUCCGUGGUCUUUGGCUGUAUUCUAGCGCUGGGUCUGCCUCUUAAUGCCGUGUCACUGUGGACUCUGCUCAGACACCACAGCCUCAAAUCCCCCAGUGCCGUCUUCAUGGUGAACCUGGCAGUCUCAGACCUGCUGCUGGUGGUCUCUUUACCAAUGAGGGUCUACUACUACGCCACAGGCACCUGGCCUCUGGGCAAUUUGGUUUGCAACUUGAUUACAAUGCUCUUUCACAACAACAUCCGCUCCAGCGCCUUCUUCAUCACCUUCAUCAGCGUGGACCGGCUGCUGGCUGUGGUUUAUCCUCUGAGGUCACGCCACCUUCGAACCUCGUCUAACGCCUGGAAAGCUGCGGCGCUCGUUUGGCUGCUUGUGUUGGUGAUCAACAUCCCAGAGAGUAUGCAUUUUUCAAAGUUUUUAAAGGAGUUAAAUGGAUCUUCCUGUUUUCCUAAGACUCCUCAUAGAUCACCGUUGCAUUACAUUCAGCCCGUGCUCAUGUUCAGCAUGCUGGCCGUCAACAUGGUGUGCACGGCUCUGGUGUCUUGGACUCUUAGUAGACGCCUGAAUGACUCUGCCAGGGUCAACAACAAGUGUGAACUGCUGCCUGGAUCCUUUGUUGUAUUACUUUUGUCUUGAUGCUUUCUGGAAGAAGAAAGAGGAUGUGGAUCUUCCAGG